GAGGUUGUCUCACUUCCCGGAUCGGAUCGACCUGCUUCAAACGCGGUCACCGAGGCCGAAUUGAUCGAUGCUCUGAAUGCUUGUUCCUCCAAGCACAUUUCGCUCACCAAAGAAGCUGCGAUGGGCCAAGGUUGGGAUCGACAUUUGUUCGCUCUUCGUCAUUUCGCCCUGUUAGAGCAUGCUGGUGGAUUGUCUAUGCCCGACCUAUUCCUGGACGAUAGCUACGCCCAUAUUAAUCGGAUUGUGCUCUCAACCAGCACUCUUUCGUCUCCGUUCUUCGCAAUGGGUGGAUUCGGUCCGACUUCACCGAACGGUUAUGGGCUUGGUUAUGCGAUUCACAGUCUCCGACAGUGUGUUACCCAAGACAACGGAAGAAGUUACGGUCUUGUGCAUAUGCGAAAGAAACAAGCACCCGUUCAUGGCUGUUUGGGAAACAGUACGGGAAACUUGUGGCCAGGUCGCAUCUGA